AUGGAUUUGGCCCAGAAAGAAAGUGCUACGGUCUCAGUGACUGCAGAAAAGAAUGACGAAGCCCCAAUCCCUGCGAUCAUGUACGGCACAUUAGCUGUGAAGGGUCAGAGCAGAAUCCCUUACGAUUUUAACUACUACGGAGACUUCUACAUUCUUAGUUCAGAUCAAUAUAGGAAAACCACUGAUGGCCUAGUCCUUCCACCUCAGGAUUCAGACCCCUUUCGAUUUAUGGAUUUGCCUGCCGAGGUUCGAAAACUCAUCUUCGAACUCAUCGCCUCUACUCUUCUCUGUUUCGACUCUGCCUUGAAAACUUAUGUCAACCAUGUCAAAAUUGAGAAGCAUAUCGUGGAUCUCUUUGGGAAACCCCGCUAUGGAUGUCAAUAUGAAGAUUGGGUUGAGAAAUAUAUGGAUGAUCACAGGGCCACCAGUGGUUUACCAAUGCAAUAUUCGGCAGAGCAACAAUCCAAAAUGCUUUCUGAAUAUGACAGAUAUGUAAUGCAUAUCUACGAAGACCACCCGGACAGAAACAAAUAUGACAUGGAAAUUGCCGAUCACUGGCUGCUGCCACCAAACGCAACCCGCCAGGAACUCAGCUGCGAAUUCCUCGAGUGGUUUCGAAAAUUACUACACGUUAGUGCGCAUUUUAGAUUGAAGCUUGGUUCUGUGAUAUGGGCAAGAUCUUGUAUACAUUUUUGUGGCGACAUCGAUGAGUUGGUAUUAGGUCACUUCCUGAAAGCAAGGCCAGGAAUAUCAGAGGGAAUCAAAGAGCUUGUGAUUACUGUGGGAGAUAAUGAUGAACUUUCAUUUCUGGAGAACGUCACCGACAAGUCAAAGGAGGCCGAUACAGCUAACUUUAAGGCUUUAAUGAAAUUAGUCUCACAGAAAUUGACUUUGGAAUACUUCACUUUACGCAUUGGCGGUACAAAGGGUAGACUAAUGGCUCUUGCAGCAGGAGAAGGUCCUUUGGAGGUCUUGACCAGCAUCAGAGAACUCCAAGUUACCAAGAACUUUUAA